AUUCAGGUCAGGACUUGCCCACGGCUAUUUAUAGAUCAUAACGUAAACACUUGAUCUGAGAGAGAAGCUUUCUAUUUUCUGUUUGAGAGGAGAUUGCUUGACAUGGGAUUGUUACUCUUUCUAUGGUCUUUUACAUAACUAAUCAUCGCCUUGGAUUUCCAUUGACUGUCCUGUGAUCCUAUCAGUCUGCGCACGUUCAAGCUAUGGCGACAGCCCCUGUUGAGUAUGUGAUUCUAGAUAUGAAUGCUAAUGGAGACACCAAAGCAGGGAUGAGAAAGGAAAGAAAGCGUCACAUUGCAGAUGUGUUAGAGUCAGAAAGCCCCCUGGUGGUUUGCCUACAAGAAUUUGACUGGAAGGGUAUUCAUUCGAGCACAUUUAAAGACAUUAAAGUUUCCGACCAUUUUCAGUAUGAAGGCCACAAAGAAGCAGGUUUCAUAUUCGAUACAAGGGAAAUCACAUACUCAAGGAUUGACAACAAAACAUCAGUGCGAAACAUGUAUGACAGCAUGGUGAGGAGAGGUGACAUGGGCUCAGACUACUUUGUGCUGCCAAGACUUCGCGUCUAUAAAAUACAGAGCAAAGGGGCUCCUCAUUUUGAGAUCCUCUGUGCCAGUUGGCAUGGUCCUCAUAGGGUGUCUAUGGAGAUAAAGAAAAUGGCCCUUGACACGUUGGUCAAGUUUCUUCUGAAAUUGAAAGUGGAAGAGGGGAAUGUUCCAUUCUUGCUCGGGGGUGACUUCAACAUGCCUGCAUCUACUGUGAAGAGAAGACUCCCUUCGAAUGGCAGUCUGAUGCUAAACACGCCAGAUGACUUGUCUAUAGAUAUGUUCAUCAUUAGCUCCGAUAUAGGGCAAAUAUUUAGCAUUUCAAAAGUUUGCACUAUGAAAGGAAAUUCAGCAUUUGAUCAUUCGCACUUGAAAAUAUAUUUAAAAACUGUUAAUGACACUAACCCUCAACUUCUGCCUCCAUUUCAACCGUUUGUUCAGACCAAAUUCCUCAACACUCCACCAUCAUAUCCUCCGCCUCCAGCUCCACCGUUUGUUCAGACCCAAAUCCUUAACACUCAACCAUCAUAUUCUCGGCCUCCAGCUCCACCGUUUGUUCAGACCCAAAUCCUUAACACUCAACCAUCAUAUCCUCCGCCUCCAGCUCCACCGUUUGUUCAGACCCAAAUCCUUAACACUCAACCAUCAUAUCCUCCGCCUCCAGCUCCACCGUUUGUUCAGACCCAAAUCCUUCACACUCAACCAUCAUAUUCUCGGCCUCCAGCUCCACCGUUUGUUCAGACCCAAAUCCUUAACACUCAACCAUCAUAUUCUCGGCCUCCAGCUCCACCGUUUGUUCAGACCCAAAUCCUUAACACUCAACCAUCAUAUCCUCCGCCUCCAGCUCCACCGUUUGUUCAGACCCAAAUCCUUAACACUCAACCAUCAUAUCCUCCGCCUCCAGCUCAACCGUUUGUUCAGACCCAAAUCCUUAACACCCAACCAUCAUAUCCUCCGCCUCCAGCUCCACCGUUUGUUCAGACCCAAAUCCUUAACACUCAACCAUCAUAUCCUCUCUGCCUCUCCAGCUCCACCGUUUGUUCAGACCCAAAUCCUUAA